AUGCAGGAGCACGACGGCGACGACCCGACGCCCACUGAGGCUCCGCCGCACCCCAACGCCCCCGACACCACCGCCUCGUCAUCCAACGUCCGCCCCCAGCUGCAACGCACCCCGCCCGGUCGUCUCUCAGAAAUCAACCGCAGUCCAGACGAAGGUGCUGCCAUCCCCGACGACACCGCGAGCAGCGUGCCAGGCCAUGACGGCGCCGCAGAGGAUCACAGGAAGGCCUCCCGGCCGAGUGCCGCCCGAAGUGGCAGCUCACACAAGGGCAAAAGCAAGGCUCCUGCUCAAGGCGCGCAGCCUGGCAAUCUCGACCAGAUAAAAGACCAGCUCAGCGCCAAGAUGCUGGCUCAGACCCGGAUGCGCAGAAGUUAUGGCAGCAGCGCAGGUGCGAAGGGGGAGGGCAAACGGGUCUCUCCCAUCCGAGAAGAGGAAGGUAGUUCGGAGGGCUCGCUCAACGCCAUGCUUGGCGACGAACCCGUGCGGACGUCAUCUACGGUUUCCACAGAAUCGACCGAAUCCAACCGCACCAUCAGAGGAAGUGUCCCCGCGACACCAGCAGGCGCACCGCUUCGAACACCAUCCUAUCCCUUUCCAUACGUUCCAGGCACCCCGAGAUCGUGGUCAACGUCAUUCCAUCAGCCUUUUACUUCGCUAUCGCCGACGACAUCUAAUCAAGCGAGCAAUGACCAGUCCACCCCGCGGAAAGGUAGUGUCGAUACACGGUCUGGACGAUCAACGCCAGGCAUGCAUCCUGCUUUCUUACAGCUUGGCUUCGGCGCCGACUUUGGUCCAGAGGACCCGCGAUAUCCAACCCCUAAUUUGUACGAUCUAAUUCUCCAGCUCAAUGCAGAACCUGGAAUGGAGCAGUGGUGGGCGGCCGUCACCAACAUUUUGCACGACCACUUUCACGCCGAUCGUGCGACACUGAUUCAACCGGUUGACCCGACCGAUAUUGAGAAUGUACCUUGGGGACAGAAGGCGACCUUCAGUAUGAGUGGUCGAGAGGAUGUGGUGCCGACUAUCCCACAAUCGCAAAGCGGUUUUCAGAGACCGGAGUUCGUGCUGCGCGAACCUUCCAGUGAGACGGCCCAUGACAGCGGUCCUCAAAAGUUGCAUCCUGAAAGGCUGCGUCCACGACUUGAGUCGCGGCAUUCGUACGCCGGGCAUGGGCGUGAGGUCAGAGACGUUUUGGGCAUACUCAACGAUCCACCAACCCGUGCACGACCGCAAGGACCGCAGCGCACAGUCACCCAUGCGUCUGGUAUGACUAACGUCGGAUAUAGCUCGCUGCCGACGCCUCGAUUUCCCUCAUCGACAAGCAACCCUCUUGGUACUCUGAGUGAUCAAGACUUUAGCAGCAUUGGUGGUGGUGUCGAUGCUGGUCCUUACGCGGAGGUGUUCGAUACGCUUCGCGCGCUCGAUCAUGAAAAUCAUCCACUUAUCGAGCCUGCUGGCAUCAAUCGUGUACUUGAACGUGGUAGAAUCGUUACCGUGACCAGAGAUUACGCUGCGAACAACAACAACAACUCGUCUUUGUCGCAGUCGGCUCCAGAGUCAACAUCUUCCCAGAAGCCGCCCAGCUUUUUCGGCAACUAUCGAAGUGUUUUCGCCUCUGAUAACGGACCACUGCUGCGAAAAGAGUACGAAGACUACGAACAGCAACCUGUCUCACCUUGGCAACAGUCUCCCGCGCCAUCGCCGGCUAUCCAGACGGACGAAGAUAGCAAUCCGUUCUUUUCUCCAGACGAGAGUCAAGUGGAUGAUGCGUUUCAACCAGCCACCAGCCCGAAAGACUAUGCACAGUACGAUCAGAUCGAGGCUAUUGGCGUCGACCGUGCGCACACUGUGAUACACAUCCCACUGGUCCAUCCUACCUGGUCUCAGCCCAUGCAAUCUCUGAGAAUGACACCAAAAUCGAAGGACAGGCCUCACAACUUGGAGCGCAGUAAUACCGUGGAUCAGGAUAGGAAGGCACCCAUCGCGAUCAUCUCCAUUUUGUCUCCAGCUACGCCAUAUCCCAGCAACCUGGCGCAGUGUUUGUCUCUACUAGGACCCCAUCUAGCGACUUCUUUCGCGAUCGCUCAGCAGUUCUCAGCUACGCAUGUACAAUCCGUCGCGAUACGGCACCGCCGGACUGCCAGCGGAAAUCAAGUGCGCAUGGCACCGAUGACGAUUGAGCCUGCGUCGUUGGAAGACAUCGUCCAUGCAGAAGUUGAGCAGCCUCCAGGAUCGGUCUCUGGAAGCAUGACAAGUCCGUCAGACUACUCUGGCCGUUCGAAAGCCAGUCCAUCUGGCUCUAUCGUUGGAACGCCCGGCUGGGACCCUGCAUCUCAUGGCUGGACCCAAAGCAGAUCUGUCGCUGGCACUCCUGCUGUGACAGGCUCUGAACUAGUUGACAACUACUUUGAGGUCAAGAAGCAGCGAUCGGGUCAACGAAGCGGCAGUAUUGCUAGCAGCACCAACACUCCUGCAAAGCCUAAGAAGACAUCGAGUAGCGACAGCAAGCAUGGUGCUGAUGAUGAACUCAAGCCAUUUCAGACCGAUCGCAGGUCAAAAGGCAGUGCACACAGCAAGGAAGAUAAAUCCCCUGCUCAGUCCAUUACCAGAGAACGCAGCCCGUCCAACACUGCAGAAGGACCGUCUCCAUCUCGGUCACGACCGUCCAUGCCCGUGCUGCCAGACUUCAAGGAAAGUAGACAACAUUCACUUCUGCACUCUUACGGCGCAGAUCUGCAGACAUCCUUUGGCGGCUUUACUCCCCUUACGCCUGCUGAAGCUCGAACGCCUGGGUUCGCACAUUCUCGGAAGGGUAGUUUCCCUGAGGACAUGCCACCACCUUCAGAACGUCUGCUGCGCACCAUCAUCGACUCUGUGCCAGUGCAGAUCUUUACGGCCCAGCCGGAGACUGGCAUGCUGAGCUGGGUCAAUUCAAAGUUCCUCAUCUAUCGAGGCCAAGAACCUCGACAAGUUUUGGGCGAUCCUUGGCAAGCGAUUCAUCCUCAUGAUCGAAGAGAAUUCUUACCGGCCUGGCAACGCUCGCUUCGGACCAAUCAACAGUUGCAGCAAAAGGUUCGCCUGCAAAGGUUUGAUGGCAACUACCGCUGGUUCUAUGUCAGAGCAGCACCUUUGAAGGACAAGAGACAGAAAGUCGUGCACUGGAUUGGGACUAUGAUGGACUUCCACGAGCAACAGCUGGCCGAAAUGAACUCUGCUCGGCAACAGGAGACGGCUGCUUCUGAAGCCAAGUAUCGUGCUCUUGCGAACUCGUCGCCGCAAAUAGUGUUUGCAGUGAAUAAGGUCAAAGGUGUCACGUUCUGCAACACGCAGUGGCUUCACUACUCCGGACAGACCGAAGCUCAAGCCCUGGGUGUCGGGUUUAUGGAGCACGUGCACCCCGAGGAUCUGGCAAAGUGUAGAUUGCCCACGUUUGACGAGGGGUCAGACAAGCCCAAGAACGUGCCGACAUCUCUUCCCGUGGAGCCAAGACGAAAAUUGUCGCAAUCCAACGCCUCAUCGAGUGGAUCGUCAGAGACAGAAAGGGCUCAAUCUGGCUCAGAGUCACCAUCGCCAAUCGCGCAACUGCCUCAACGAAAGCUGUCUGAGUUGGCCAAUACUGGAAUUUUGAAGGUCUCGCGAGACGCUGAUGGGCGGCCAUCGUACUCUACUGAAGUUCGACUCAAGUCCAAAGACAAUCAAUUCAGAUGGCAUCUGGUGCGCGUUCUUCUGGCUGAUCCGCUGUUGAAUGACGAUGAAGAAGAGACGUGGUACGGUACUUGCACGGACAUCAACGAUCACAAGACUUUGGAACGUGACUUGAAAGAGACCAUGGACGAGAAAUCGCGAUUCUUGAGCAACAUGUCGCAUGAGAUUCGUACUCCCCUAAACGGCAUCACUGGCAUGGUGAACUUCCUCAUUGACAGCAGUUUGACCGCCGAGCAAAUGGAGCACGUCAAUAUCAUCAGAGCAAGUACUGAAGGCCUACGCGGCUUGAUCAACGACAUUCUGGACCUCUCAAAGGCCGAGGCCGGCAUGAUACAGCUGAGUAUGGACUGGCUAUACGUGAGAGCUUUGAUCGAAGAAGUAAACGACUUGACUUCUGCGAUGGCCAUCGACAAGGGCUUGGAACUCAACUACCUCGUCGAUGAAGAUGUCCCACCUCAAAUCAAGGGAGAUCGUUUCCGCAUUCGCCAGAUUCUGCUGAAUAUCGUUGGAAAUGCCAUCAAGUUCACAGCCACAGGCGAGGUGUUUGUCAAAUGCAGCCUCCUCAUCGACGCAAUAGAAUUGGCGCAGAAUGAGGCCUUCAUUAGAUUCGAAAUCAUCGACACUGGCCGUGGAUUCACCGACAAGGAGGCUGAGUAUCUUUUCAAGAGGUUCAGCCAAAUUGAUGGCAGUAGCACGAGGCAGCAUGGUGGAACGGGCCUCGGAUUGGUGAUUUCGAAACAACUUGCACAACUUCACGGAGGCGAUAUGAGUGCCAAAGGUGUACCCAACGAAGGAUCGACAUUUACGUUCUACAUCAAGACGACAGUGCCAUCGAAGCAUGACCAGCCACCUCCGCCUACCCCAAGCGUCCACAGCAUCCCUGCGCUCCCUGCAUCUCCAGGACCAGUACCGACCCCCACGGCAACGCCUUCUCUAAUGAAAGUCCCCUCGGCACCAACACCUGGAGAGGCACAGGCAAAAGCGUCUCCAAAGUUCCUGCAUGAGGUGACAGCAUCACCGUCUCCUGGGGACGCGUCUCCUUCAGUCUCGUCUGCAAGCUCUGAUCCAUCGGUACGCUCUGCAGCACGAACAAGCAGUCUCCGAUCUGAAAGGUCAUCGGCAUCUUCAAUCGUGCCCGAUCCUUUGACAGCGAGUGCCCCGAUGAAACUUGAACUGCCUCAAGGCGACAAAAGCCGCGCGAGUGAGCAUUCACCAGGGUCUGAGUCUUCAGCGUCAAACACGUCUAUCGAGACUAUCAAGGCACAAUCUGGAGCUACAAGCCCGCCGAUGUUCUCCAUCCUUGUGAUCGCACCGCUUAAGUACAGUCGCGAAGCAACCAUGACGCACAUCGACAAGACAUUGCCGAAGAAUGUUCCACACACGAUCGCGGCUCGUGAAAAUUUGACAGAUGCGAGGGAUGUACUUGGAUCAAAGCCGAUGACGUUCUCUCACAUCGUGGUUGUGAUUCAAGAUGUGGACCAGAUCAUAGCACUCAUGGAUCAGGUGUUUUGGUCGACUAGUUCAACGACUGCCAUUGUCCUCAUCACCGACCUCGCACAGCGAAGAAUGAUCAUGGAGAAGGCACCCAAUUACAAUUACGAUCAGCUGGUGACCGAGAGGAGACUGAGGUUCGUCUUCAAGCCGUUGAAGCCGUCUCGGUUCGGCCUCAUCUUCGACCCGCAGAAAGAACGCGAGAUGAGUCUGGAUCGCAACCAGGACAGCGCGCAACAGGUUGCCGUCAAUCAAAAGCAAGUCUUCGAGGAACUGACACUCCGACUUGGCAAUAAGGACAAGCGCGUGCUCCUCGUCGAAGACAACCGCGUCAACCAGAUGGUGAUUCUCAAAUUCCUAGCCAAAGUCUCCAUCAAAGUCGACACGGUCCUGGACGGCGUCCAAUGCACCGAGAAGGUCUUCUCGCAGCCGCACGGGCACUAUUCCAUCAUCCUCUGCGAUCUGCACAUGCCGAACAAAGACGGCUACCAGACCUGCAAGGAAAUCCGUAAGUGGGAGAAGAAGAACAAGUACCCGUACCUGCCGAUCAUCGCGCUGUCGGCCAACGUCCUCGGGGACGUGUACCAGAAGUGCGCCGAGGCUGGGUUCAACAGCUACAUGACGAAGCCGGUGGAUUUCAAGGAGCUCAGCACUGUGCUGAUGACGUUUAUGGAUCCUAGCGAUCCGAGCAAGCCGCAUGAGUUUAUGAAGUUGAAGAGGGGGCAGCAUCAUCACCAUCAUCAUGCGCCGAGAGGUUGA